AUGAUUUUGCUGCUUUCGUGCCAAACUGUAACUUCACAAAAAAAUAACUUUCCUAGUUUAUCAGCAAUAUCUUCCAACAUCAACAAUGAUGACUUGCUUGUUUACUGUCAAUACUUGGAAAAUAUUCACGCUUACUUUAAAGAACAAUUCCAGGACAUUUUGAGUAUAAUAGCCUGGGUGUUAGAUCCUUUUUCAAAUGUCGACACAGCAGGAUCAUCCCAGUUGGAAGAAGAACUUAUAGAACUAACAACAAACGAGGAAUUAAAAAAUAAAUUUAAAAAUGCUUUACACGAAUUUUGGUUGCAGAAUCUAAUCACACAACUGUAUCCUGGAUUAUGGUCGACGGUUCAACGAUUCCUAAUAUCAUUCUCAUCAUCAUAUUUAUCUCAGCGUGGAUUUAGUGCAGUAACGACCCUGCUAACUAAGAAGAGAAAUUGGCUGCAUAUUACUGAACGUGGAGACUUAAGUAAGCCGCACAUUGAGACGCAGAUGAUGCAGACGAUGCAGUUUAGGGUAGGUUACACAGUUCAGGAAAAAAUACGUAUCACGCAGUAUGAGCGCAUAUUUGAGAGAAGCUCUGGCAAUUCUUGUUUUGUCGUACGAGUGCAAAUAGCAAAUAAUAUUAUUUGGACAUACAAAGAGCUUUUUCUGAUUGGAUCAUGA